AUGGCUGUCAAAUUACCUAGUCGACCUGGGACAGCAAGAGAAAUAUUACCUUCCACGGACCAUUCUCAUGGGGUAGAGACGGAGGAAGAGGACGAAGAGGACGAAGAGGAGGAAGAGGACGAAGGGGACGAAGCGGACGAAGAGGACGAAGGGGACGAAGAGGACGAAGAGGACGAAGAGGACGAAGAGGACGAAGAGGACGAAGAGGACGAAGAGGACGAAGAGGACGAAGAGGACGAAGAGGACGAAGAGGACGAAGAGGACGAAGGGGACGAAGGGGACGAAGAGGACGAAGAGGAUGAAGGGGCGGGGGCGGGCAGUACCAGUGACUACCACUCUGAAUUAGAGGAAGAAGACUUAAUUCCUCUCACACCAAGUGUCACUGAUUAUCCACUUGACUCGCACAAGCUAAAUAAGCAGUACGGCCGAACAUAUCAUGCAUGGUGUGAAGGGAAAUACCUUUUUCCGAAUGAUGAGCAUGAGAGGGAUCGAAUGGACAUGAUGUACAAAGAGGCCUUGGGUGCACUAUUUCUCGCUCCCAUAAGUGAUAGCCCUCAGAAUAUUCUUGAUAUGGGAACGGGAACGGGUAUCUGGGCAAUAGAAUGUGCUGAUGCGGUGGUUCGGGGAAAUGAUUUGAGCCCAAUCCAACCUUCCUGGGUUCCAUCAAAUUGCAUUUUUGAGGUUGACGACUUUGAGGAAUGGGAAUUGCCCGACGAAUUCGAUCUCAUUCAUGGACGGGAAUUGGAUGGUUCAAUCUCCAACUGUGAACAACUGUGCAAAAAUGCUUUUGAGCAUUUAAAACCUGGUGGAUACUUUGAACUCAAAUCACUUGAGCACGGCUUCCUCUCAGAUGACAAGACGCAUACAAAAGCCGUACACGCACUUGAAUGGCAACAGCAUAUCAUAGAGGGCCGAAAUAAACUGAGAAAGCCUUUCUGCGGAGCAACUAUCUGCACACAGGGGAUGGAAAACGCUGGCUUUGUCAAGAUCAAAAUUCAAAGAUUCAAGGGCCAUGGCCAGAAUGCAAUAAACUGA